AUGACAGAAGUAAAUGUGGGUAUGGUCUUUGCAAACAACAAACAUGGAAACAUGGUAGCCCAGCAAGGGACCAUCUUUGUGUGUGCUAAUGGGGGUGUGGAUUUCACAUUGGCGUUUUCGACCAUGCAGGUCCCUGUGGAAGUUGAAGCAAGAGGAAUUGAUCAUUCAACCCAUGUCAUCAUUCAUUUCUUUUUGACAGUGCAAAUCGUUGUGGAGGAGGAAGAGGACAGCGAAGACAGUUCAAGCCAGGAUGAAUCAGAGGAGGAAGAAAAGCUGCCCCGAAGAGAGAGUAUGAGAACAAGGAGGAAGAGGACCAGGGAUGUGUACGAUGACCACGAGCCAGAGCCUGAACCAGAGGAUGAAGCUACGAGACUAGAAAGGCAAAAAGAGAGGCGGAGGAAGAGAAGGAAAGGAGCGGAUGACGAUGAGGAAAUGGAUGAAGAGGAACUGAACAAACUGAAGGCUGAGCUAGAUGAAAAGAAGCAGUUAAUUGCCACAGUAAAAUGUAAACCAUGGAAGAUGCAAAAGAAACUAGAAGUCCUGAAGGAAGCCAAAGCAUUUGUGGAAGAAUUUGAAGGGCAGCUUGGGAAAGGCAAAGGAAAACGGUGGUUUGCAUUCAAGAUGAUGAUGGCCAAAAAAUGGGUAAAAUUUCUGCGAGAUUUUGAGAAUUUUAAGGCAGCCUGCAUACCGUGGGAAAGUAAAAUCAAGACAAUUGAAAGUACAUUUGGCUCCUCAGUUGCCUCCUAUUUCCUGUUCUUGAGAUGGAUGUAUGGCGUAAACAUGGUUAUGUUUGUUCUGACACUUGGCCUUAUCAUGAUACCAGAGGCAACAAUGGGUAAACCGUAUGGAAGUUUACCUAGAAAGACCGUACCAAGAGCAGAAGAGCCAACAGCCAUGAACUUUGGUGUUCUGUAUGACUUCAGUGGCAUGGCACAAUAUUCGGUUCUCUUUUAUGGAUAUUACAGCAAUCAGCGAACAAUCGGAUGGCUGAAGUUCAGACUGCCACUUUCCUACUUUCUUGUAGGAAUAGCUUGCAUAGGAUACAGCUUCCUUGUUGUCAUCAGAUCGAUGGCAAAAAACAUCGAUGAUGAUGGAGGUGGGGAUGACUCCACUUUUAACUUCAGCUGGAAAAUGUUCACAAGCUGGGAUUUCCUGAUUGGAAAUCCUGAAACAGCAGAUAACAAGUUUUCCUCCAUCACAAUGAAUUUUAAGGAAGCUAUUCUGGAGGAGCAAGAGAGUCGGAAAGAAGAAAACGUUCAUUUGAUCCGAUUCCUGAGGGUUCUCGCUAACUUCUUCGUGUUUUGCACACUUGCCGGCAGUGGAUACCUCAUCUUUUGGGUUGUGAAGCGAUCCCAGGAGUUUGCGCUGCAAGACCCAGACACACUUGGGUGGUGGGAAAAGAACGAAGUGAACAUGGUCAUGUCACUGUUGGGAAUGUUUUGCCCAACGUUAUUUGAUCUCUUCAGUGCUCUAGAAAACUACCACCCUAGAAUAGCACUGAAAUGGCAGCUGGGGCGCAUCUUUGCUCUUUUUCUGGGCAACUUGUACGUCUUCAUUAUCGCCCUGAUGGACGAAAUCAAUGUCAAGCUUGAAGAGGAGCGACUGGUAAGGGAAAACAUGACUAUAUGGGAAGCUAAUAUCAUCAAAGCUUACAACGCCUCAUUGGCUGAAAACAGCACCGCCCCUCCUUUCCAAGUGCAUCCUUCUGACGUUCCAAGGGGACCCUGCUGGGAAACAAUGGUGGGCCAGGAAUUUGUGCGACUGACUGUUUCUGACACUCUGACAACCUUUGUCACCAUUCUCAUUGGUGACUUCCUGAGAGCCUGCUUUGUCAGGUUUUUCAAUUACUGCUGGUGUUGGGACCUUGAAUAUGGAUUUCCCUCCUAUACUGAAUUUGAUAUCAGUGGCAAUGUCCUGGGACUGAUCUUCAACCAAGGAAUGAUCUGGAUGGGAUCUUUUUAUGCUCCUGGCCUCCCAGCUAUCAACAUAUUACGUCUCCAUACCUCCAUGUAUUUCCAGGGCUGGGCUGUGAUGUGUUGCAAUGUUCCUGAGGCAAGAGUCUUUAAAGCCUCCAGAUCGAAUAAUUUCUACCUGGCCAUGCUGCUCUUCAUCCUCUUCCUGUCCACGAUGCCUGUGCUGUACAUGAUCGUCUCCAUUCCGCCAUCUUUCGACUGCGGCCCAUUCAGUGGCAAAAACAGGAUGUUUGAGGUCAUUGGAGAAACUCUGGAGAAAGAUUUCCCCUCUUGGUUGGCGAAAAUCUUAAGCAAGGCCUCAAACCCCGGACUCAUCAUCGCCAUCAUACUGCUUAUGGUUUUGACAAUCUAUUAUCUCAAUGCUACUGCCAAGGGACAGAAGUUAUCCAACCUGGAGCUAAAGAAGAAGAUGAAAAUGCAAGCAGAGGAGAACAAACUGAGAAACAAAAAAAUGGCAGCUGCAAGAGCAAAAGCAGCACAAGGUAGGGAAACAUCAUCUGGCUGGGUAUUUUCUGCAACUAGAUUCUAUUGCUUCUCCCCUGUGUUUCAAGGAGGCAGAUUGGUAAACCGUUCUCCUGACAGUGGCCUGAGGGCCAUUAGUGGCCUGUGGAGGAGACUCGUAGACCUCAUUAUGGAUCAUCUUGGAGCCCGAGAAACACUUCAGGCCCUGUUCAUUAGGAAUGAUUAG